AUGGAAGACGGGGAUAACACGAUCGUGGAGAGAUACAAGAAAACUAAUGCUGUUCUUGGGAAACAUGGGCUAAGUCUGAAGAGCUCAAAGCUCACGCGAAAUAUUCUUAAAGAUGCGAACAAGAAGCCAGAGGAGAUUCCAGAAAAAACUUCUCCCCAAAACCUCGGCAGUCCCAAAACGCCAAAGAAACUGAAGAAAACUCCCGUCGACGAAAAAACGCCACGAAGCAAGAAGGGCCACCGACUGACCUUCGAACGAGCGUCUCAUCUUUCUCCGGCGAAAAGAGACAGUCCAAAGAGCAAGAAGAAAGACUCUCCGAUUCGAGACCUAGGCGAAACGCCGCUGCGAAAGAAUCGAUCUUCUCGACGAAGUCUGGCAAAAGAUCUCUUCAAAGGCGAGACUGGACCGAAAUCAAGCAAUGAUCCCUUCGAUCCCGACUCUGAAGAAGUCGCCUCUUCUCCAGUCAUCAAAUUCACCGGAAGCAGCCGAGCUUUCAACAAAACAACAGGAUCCGUUGAAAACACCUCGAAGCUGUCUCCCCAAGGUGCAAAAUCACGACGAUCAAUUGGAAACGGUCGAGCGGAAAAAAUCAUGAGCUUGCUCGAGCAAUCAGUUGAUUCGAUCGAACUGGCGAAGAAGAAAAAGAAGGAGAAGGACUUGAAGAAACAGUGUUUGGAGAACAACUUGAGGGUCAAGAUUUCGAAACUAGAUAUUCAAAACUUGCAAGACGAGGGAAUCAUCGGUCCAACUGAAUCGACAGAAAAGCCGCCGGGAAAUCUUCCAGUAGCUCAAUCGACACUGUCGAAGACCAAUAUCAAAGCUGCCUUUCAUCCGGCUCAGAAUGAAAGCACAAUUUCGAAUGAAGACCCGCACAAGACCGUCAACAAUACAAGCCUCGAUUCUCACGAUGAAAUUCCCCUUGAUUUCACGGUGAUGAGCGCGGAGCAAAAGUGGAAGUGGAUUCUUUCAAUUCCAAAAGAAGAGCUGAAGAACCAAGAUUGGGAUCGUUUCCACGACUUUUCCAACAUUACCUCCAUAACUGGCGUCGUCGAGGAAUUCAAAGAGAUCCUCAACAACAACGAGGAUCCCAAGGAGCUUGAGUAUAAGAAGCUUCUUUACAAACACAAGCUCACCAUAUGGCUGGCUAGAAAUCCAGAAGAGACCAAACAAUAA